AAAAUAAAAAAAAAGAAAAUAAAAAUUCCCUUUUUCUCUUUUUCAAAGUAGACAACUUCUUUUUUUUUAUCUUGCCAUGGCUUUCAGAUUAUUGACCAAGAGUGCUGCAGUUGCUCGUCCUGCCAUGAUGGCUGCUUCUCGCCAAACUGUUCGUGCUUCCGCUGUCCGUGGAUUCACCUCCAAGACCGAAGAGGAACCCAAGCAAAAGGCCAACAGCUUCCUCGAUUCUCUUCCCGGUAACUCUCUCAUUUCCAAGACUGGUUAUGUUACUGCUGCCACUGGUUUGUCUGCUUUCUUGAUCUCCAAGGAAAUCUACGUCAUUAACGAAGAAACUUUGGUCUUGAUCUCUUCUGCUGGUCUCCUCGGUGUCCUUAUCAAGUACCUCAGAGAACCUUUCACCAACAUGGCCAACGAACACAUUGAGCGUAUCAAGAGCAUCUUGGUCCAAGCCCGUGAUGACCACAAGGGUGCUGUUCAAGAGCGUAUUGAAGAAGUUGGACAAAUGAAGGAUCUUGUGCAAGUUACAAAGGCUCUCUUUGAGCUCUCUCGUGAGACUGCUCAAUUAGAAGCUCAAGCUUUCGAAUUGAAGCAAAACGUUGCUGUUGCCACCGAGAUCAAGUCCACCUUGGACUCUUGGGUUCGUCAUGAAACCAGUCUCCGUGAACGUGAGCAAAAGCAAUUGGCUGCCUUCUUGAUCGAAAAGAUCAACAAGGACUUGCAAGACCCUGCCAUCCAACAACAAAUCUUGGACCAAGCUAUUUUGGAUGUCCAAAACGUUGCCAAGACUGCUUAAAUUUGAUAUUAUACAUGAACCUUUUUAUUAUUACUAUUAUUAUUAAAAAAAAAAGUGUGUUUUUUUUUGUUCA